GCAGCUUAUCUACUUGGAACAAGUAAAUUGGCGUGAAAUACUACACCUAAUUAGAAUGUUAUGCAACGGCAAAGUUAUCCAAUUGGAUCCCACCACAAAAUAUAGUAAUUUCACUAAGCUAUAGUUUAUUCAAUAAUCGGCACUGCGAGGCAUAAGGUUGCUGAAACUUCAUUCAAUAUUUAUAAAACUGAAAUAUGAAAAUACUUUUUGCAAGUGUAAUAGCAACGGUUUUAAUAUUAAACGCCGCACUUGAGGACUAUUGUGAUCCGAAAAUAUGUAAGACUACAGGAGGGAAUCCACAUAUUGCCUGCAACAACAGUGGCAAAUUCGUUGAAAGCUGUCCACCUGAUGCCAAAUUGAUGGAUUUGACGCCCUAUAUACCACUAAUUGUGAAAGAACACAAUGAUAGACGCAACAAAGUGGCUGCCGGCAAUGUAACGGGUUAUGAGAGCGCCAAGCGUAUGGCCGUGAUGCAGUGGGACCAGGAAUUGGCUGAUGUUGCCACUUUCAAUGUUAAAAAGUGCGAGUGCGAAUAUGAUGGUUGCCGAAAUGUAAGACGCUUCCAGUAUACCGGUCAAAAUAUUGUCCUACAAGCUUACACCGGCAAGAUGAACGCUUUCACUGAUAAGGAACUCAUUCAGGAUGCGAUCGAAAAUUGGUUUGAAGAAUAUGUCGCUGGGAAAAUGGAUUAUAUGCGCGAAUAUCCCAAUGAUAUUGAAAUAUAUAAGGAUUUUUCACACUUCGCACUCAUGAUUACCGAAGCGAAUCAUCAUGUGGGUUGUGCUGCAUCGCGCUACAAGGAUGCGGAAUAUAAUAAUGUUCUAUUUACUUGCAAUUAUGCUUCAGCCUGUUUAUUGGGACUUCCGAUCUAUAAAGAGGGACCAGCGGGAUCGGGUUGCAAACAUGGCAAAAAUUCGACAUACACUGCGUUAUGUACUACCGCUGAAAAAUAUUUUUAAUCUGAUUUUAAUAUAUAGGGACCUUACAUAUUUUAUUUGUUGUCAUUCGAUAUAAAAUUAUUGGCUUGUAUAUUAAUAAAAAUGGCUUCAUUAUUGUAACGGAA